AUGAUUAGAGACUAGGUGUUAGAUAAUUAAAUAGAAUGGCAUAUGAAUGAAAUAGAGAAGCAUUUAGAUGUAUUUAUUGAUGAUUUAAAUAAUUUUAGUAAUGUUUUGAUAAUAUCAAUAAUUUUAUUGAUUAAGUAUUUUUUAUAGAUUCUUCAAUUUCUAAGUCCAGCAAUCCUAAAUUUGAAUUAACUUUACCAAAAAUUCAUUAAUUUUAAUUAAUUCAUUAAUCUGACUUUUAAUCAAGAAUUCUUUAACAAUUGAAACCAUUAAUAAAUUCAAAAAUCAAAGAUGAAUGUCAAUUCUAAUAAUAAUAAUAAUAACAUUAAUAAUCAUUAAUAAUUUAGUAAUAAUAAUCCAAUUUAAAACCAUUUACUUAUCAGAUCAUUAAAGAACAUUCAAUUAAACAAAGUGAAUUUUGUCUUGCAAUUGCUUUUAACAAAGACUCCUCAAUUGUAGCAACUGGAUGUAAUGAACAAAUAAAAAUAUAUGAAUUUAAAUAAGGAAUGUUGAAAUUAAUUCAAGUCUUAAAUCAACAUAAUUAAUAUGUAAAUACUUUAAAUUUCAUGAAAAAAUCAAAUUAGAUUAUAUCUGGAGAUCAGAGUGGAUCUAUUUUAAUAUGGUCAAGCAAUAAUAAUACUUAAUGGAAUUGCUCAUAAACUAUUAAAGGACAUAUUAAUUGGGUUAAUUGUUUAAUUCUGAAUUAUAAUGAAGAUAUUUUCAUAUCCAGUAGUCAGGAUAAGACGAUUAAGUUUUGGAUUAAACAAAAUGAAUGGAUCUGUUAAUAAACAAUCACAGAUCAUACUAGUUAUGUUUAUUAAAUAAGUUUAAAUGAAUAAUAAAAUAAACUUAUUUCUUGUGGAGCUGAUAAAAAAAUAUUGGUGAUUGAGUAUUCAGAAUAAAGUCAAAAGUGGAUUGUGAUAUAAAAGAUAAAUGUUGAAUGCUAUGGUAUUCGUAUAUGCUUUAUCAACAAUAAUUUAUUCACAUUUCAACCAAUAUAAGGCAAUUUAAUGCAUGUCUAUGAAAUGAAUAGUGUUAGUAAAUAGUUCCUUAAAACCAAAGAUAUUGAUGUUAAUUAAGGUUAAGAGGGUUAUACUUUGUUUCCAUAAUAAUUUAUUAAAUAAAAAUAAUUACUAGUGAAUAAACAUGAUAAAUAUGUCAAUUUCAUAAGAAUUACACAAAAAGAUCAAUUUAAACUUGAGUAAUCUAUUCAAUUUGGUCAUAAUCUAUUAUUUGGGUAAUUGAGUGAUGAUGGACAGUAUUUCAUUACUUGGGAUCGCUCAAAUAAUGAAAUAUAAAUUAGAACAUAUAUUGAACAAUGA